AUGAUUAACCCAUGUGCUGAAGUGAAAACAAUCAAUGAUGAUAUUGAUUGUUAUCAAUUUGCUGUGCAAGUUCCUACACCAAAUAAAUUAGUGGACUCAAAAGACUCUGCCAUCGAUAGCUCCGUACUAGAAAGGUCAUCAUUUGAUCCUAAGUACUCGAAUCGGAAGCUUCCUAAGAUUAAAAUUUUAGGAACUGGUGGAACUAUCGCAGCAAAGGGCUCAUCUUCAUCACAAACCGCUGGUUAUCAGGUUGACCUGACAGUAGCGGAGCUCCUGGACGCUAUACCAGACUUCUCUUCCAUCUGCGAGAUAUACUAUGAACAGCUAUGCAACGUGGAUUCUAAAGAGAUCAACGAUGAUAUCCUAUUACAAAUAUACGAAGGUAUUACCGACUCAUUGCAGAAGUUCGAUGGAAUUGUAAUUACUCAUGGAACAGAUACUUUGUCCGAGACCGCGUUCUUCAUCGAAAGCACUAUUGAUUCUGGUGAUGUCCCGAUCGUAUUUGUUGGCUCCAUGAGACCUUCGACCAGUGUUUCUGCUGAUGGCCCUAUGAACCUUUACCAAGCCAUUUGUAUUGCAGCAGACCCGCAAUCUUGCGGACGCGGAGUCCUAGUGUCGCUAAAUGACCAAAUAUCUGCCGGCUACUACAUAACCAAGACGAAUGCAAACAGUUUAGACUCAUUCAAUGUAAGACGGGGAUACCUUGGCAAUUUCGUUAACAAUGAAGUGCACUACUAUUAUCCCCCUGCCAAGCCCCAUAGCUGCUACAAAUUCAAGCUCUACGUCAACGAUGAGACCAAAAAGUCUCUCAGCUUACCAAAAGUCGCCAUUCUGUACGCUCACCAGUCCCUGGAACCAGAACUUAUCAAGAUCGUUGCGGCCCAGUACUCGGGCAUUGUCAUUGCGACGCUCGGCGCCGGCUCCUUACCAGCUGCUGUCAACGACGCAUGCCUAAACCUUGACAUCCCAGUCGUCUACUCCAAACGUGCCAUGGACGGAAUGAUUCCCAUUGCAAAUUUGCCCAAACCCCUCCCGAAUAAAUCCUACAAUCUAAUUGCUUCUGGGUAUCUCAACCCGGAGAAAAGCAGAAUUCUCCUCCAAUUGUGCCUAAGAGAGAAGUUCUGCUUCAGUGACAUCAAGAAGGUCUUCCGUGUUGUCUACGGUGGUUAA